GCUCCGCCAUCUUCAACUUCCUAUUGUUUGCAUCAGACCGAGGCGUCUGAGACACCACAGCCAGCGGAUCUAUCCCUGACCAGCCCACACGUUUACACCCGCUCAAGCCCAGCAUAAGCCACGUGUAUGUCUUUGUACUAGGUCAUUCUCAGGACGUGGACCAGUAAAACCUUGUAAACGAUGGAGGACGAUCAACCCAGAACCUUGUACGUAGGGAAUCUGUCCAGGGAUGUCACCGAACCUCUCAUUCUGCAGGUCUUCACACAGAUAGGACCCUGCAAGAGUUGUAAAAUGAUAGUUGAUACUGCUGGAAAUGAUCCAUACUGCUUUGUGGAGUUCUACGACCACAGGCAUGCUGCUGCCUCAUUGGCAGCCAUGAAUGGAAGGAAAAUAAUGGGUAAGGAGGUCAAAGUCAACUGGGCCACAACGCCCACCAGCCAGAAAAAAGACACAAGUAAUCACUUUCAUGUCUUUGUUGGAGAUCUCAGUCCAGAAAUAACCACAGAAGAUGUCAAAGCUGCCUUUGGUCCCUUUGGCAGGAUAUCAGAUGCUCGUGUUGUGAAAGAUAUGACCACAGGGAAAUCUAAAGGCUAUGGCUUUGUGUCUUUCUUCAACAAAUGGGAUGCAGAAAAUGCCAUUCAGCACAUGGGGGGUCAGUGGUUAGGAGGCAGACAGAUUCGAACCAACUGGGCCACAAGAAAGCCCCCUGCCCCAAAGGCCACCUAUGAAAAUAACUCGAAGCACCUGUCUUUUGAUGAAGUAAUGAGUCAGUCCAGCCCCAGUAACAGCACUGUGUAUUGUGGUGGAGUCAGCACAGGACUCACAGAGCAACUGAUGAGACAGACCUUUUCCCCGUUCGGACAAAUCAUGGAGGUCAGAGUUUUUCCAGACAAAGGCUAUUCAUUUAUAAGGUUCAACUCCCAUGAGUCAGCAGCCCAUGCCAUUGUGUCAGUGAAUGGCUCUUCGAUCGAGGGCCAUAUAGUGAAAUGCUACUGGGGUAAAGAGACCCCAGACAUGAUGAACUCGAUGCAGCAGAUGUCUAUGCCCCAGCAGCAGCAGAACAAGAUCAGUUUCGCUGCAGCCCAGCCCUACGGCCAGUGGGGUCAGUGGUACGGCAACGGGCCCCAGAUCAGCCAGUAUGUCCCCAAUGGGUGGCAGGUCCCCACCUACGGUGUCUACAACCAGCCAUGGAACCAGCAGGGCUUCAAUCACUUACCCGCCAGUGCUGGGUGGACUGGCAUGGGCGCCAUCAGUAACGGUGGGGUUAUGGAGCCCACACAGGGAUUGAAUGGGAGUAUGCUAGCCAACCAGCCCGGUAUGGGAGCCGCAGGAUACCCCACACACUGAUAAGUGGGCAGUGUGGGAGAUUUGUCAACAGUCUCUUAUGGCUGCCAAGUGCCCCGCUGGGCUGUUAAACACCGCCUCCAUUUGUGGCAGGACUAUGUCUUUUGACAGGAUGUUGAACCUAAUGAGGAGGUUUACAUCUGUGAAAUGUAACUGGAUCUUCAUUGGGGGUGGGGUGGGUUGAGGUAAUUGGGGGGCCAGGGAGCAGUAAUUUGACCAACACAGGUUGUUACACCUCUUUGUGGAAGGCAGGACAUUUUUAAGUUAAAUGUAAAUGAGUAUAAAACUGUAAAGGAGAAACUUUUGGAUUUUUUUUUUUUUUUCUGGGUUUUAAAAAAAAAAAAUGCUUCCAUUCUCACAUCUUGCCUCUCCGACAUCUACUGAGAGGUUGAACUUUUCUUUUUUUUUUUUUUUUUCUCCUCUUUUGUGAAAUUCUGAGUCACAUUAAGUCGUGAACUCUGGUAAUUAUUUGAGGAAUGGAAAUCUGUUAAAUAUUUUUCUAAUUUUCUCUUGGAUUAAAAUCAAUUGCAGGGAUUGUUGCCACUGCUGUUUCUCUGUAAGGGCAGAUAAAUAUUGCACAGUUUUUUUUCCUUUCUCGUACUCGCUAGACAAAAAUUUGACUACCAAGAGUGUUCCCUUUUUGCAUUCCAUUUCUCCUUCAUACCUUUCUGACGGCCUCAAAUCUUCUCACCACUUGUAAAUAACCAUUCAUCCAUUCAUUUGAAACGAUGUAAGUAAAAAGCUACUGUUAACUGUGGGUGCUUGCUUUCAGUUUUGUUUUGAUAAUUCUACAGUUAACCCCCAACAUUGUAGUAGCAGAGUGGCACUAUGAAAUGUGACACUGGCACAGUGCACACACAUUUCUUCCAUGCAGGGAUAAGACAGCAUUGCCAUGCAGUGCAUACGUAAAUUUAACACAGUUCAAAUGUUAAAGGGUGAACAUGUAUGUUUGAAACUGAUGUUUUUUUAAAUAUCUAUUACAACGGCAGUAUUUUAUAUCAGCAAUCUGUGUGGAUUCAAUCUUGACACGUUUUUUUGUUUUUCUUUUUUGUUUUGCCAGAGAAAUGAGGAGGCCUACAAUGUAACAGUUGCCUUAUAGAGCUGGUUUCUUUUAGCUGACAAGAUACUCUUUUUGAUUAGGCAGUGCCUACAGACAUUUUCAACCCCUUUUGUUUAGAAAGGUGUUAGCCCUGAGAACUGAUGACUCUGCUACUGUAAUCUAUGUUUUCUUGCUUUGUCCAAUUAAAAUGCUAAUGCACAUAUA